AAAAUAGAAGACGGGCAUCGAGCUCUGGCGACGGAACCAAUCAGAGCUCUCGUAUCAAAUUGACUUUGGCUGCCAAUCUCUCAUAUGGGACGAACACUUUAAAGUUUGAAACGUCAACGAGGAAAGACACUGCUCCUCGUGUUAUAAUGAAUGGAUACUGUAUGCCAGGGUCUUAAUCUCGUGGAUUAUGGAUAGAGCACCACGGAAAAUACUUCGUUCUCCUUCUCUGAAGAGGAAAAAUAAACAACAACCAUUGAACCAAAAAGUAAGCCUAGAGCGUGUGCUUGGUCUGACCGUCUCCAGCAAUGCCAACUUCACAUGUGACCCCAACACUGGCACCGUCGCAUACCCUGCUGGGUGCUCAGUCGUGCUCUUCAACACUCGGAGAAACAAACAGACACACAUUAUCAACAACUCCAAGAAGUCAAUCACUGCUCUUGCUUUCUCCGGGGACGGAAAGCAUCUUGUAACAGGAGAAUGUGGCCACCAGCCGGCUGUGCGGGUAUGGGACGUGGAGGAGAAGACACAGGUGGCAGAGUUCCACGGCCACAAGUUUGGCAUCAGCUGUGCGGCGUUCUCUCCAAAUCUGCGGUACCUCGUGUCUGUUGGCACCCAGCACGACAUGAUAAUCAAUGUAUGGAACUGGCGGUCUGGAAACAAAGUCGCCUCCAACAAGUUCUCAUGCAAGGUGAGCAACGUGGCAUUCAACCAUGACAGCAACUACUUCGUGACGGUGGGGAACCGACAUGUCAAGUUCUGGUAUCUGGAAAGCAGCAAGCCUAGGAUCAACGAGACGGUGCCACUGCAGGGUCGGUCCGGCAUCCUCAGCGACCAGAAGAACAACUUCUUCUGUGGCAUCCUGUGUGGGCGUGGCCAGAUGGCCGGCACCACCUUCUGCAUCACACAGUCCGGGCUGCUCUGUGAGUUCAACGCCAAACGCUUGCUGGUCAAGUGGGUGGAGCUCCGGACAAAGUGUGCUACAUCCAUCAGCGGUGGAGAGGAUCACAUAUUUAUUGGAUGUGCUGAGGGUAUCGUGCGAGUGUUCAGUGCUAAGUCUCUUCAUUUCGUGACCUCGUUACCUCACCCUCACUUUUUGGGAGUAGACGUGUCUUCCGCCACCAGUCAGAGUCAAAUGAAAUUUCCUAAAGAAGAUGCUAAGUACCCUGACACUAUAGCUGUUGCAUUUGACGAUGACCAUAAGAAGGUAACCUGCGUCUACAACGACCACAGCCUCUACCAGUGGGAUGUCCACGACAUCAAGAAAGUGGGCAAGGCCUACUCGGUGCUCUACCACAGCUCAUGUGUAUGGUCACUGGAGGUGUACCCUAUGUUGGAGGAGAACAGUCAGGCCACUCUCCCCCCUGGGUCCUUCCUGACGGGGUCGAGCGACGACACAGUUCGAGUGUGGAACCUCGACUCUCACAUGCAGGAUAAAACUACUUACAAGAGGAACAUAUACAGCCAUGAUUUGCUUAAGAUCAUCUAUGCAGACGAGAACCACACCAACCUGUGUGAUGUAGACUACAAUCCAGCUGGGGGUGCGGACAAGACCGACACACAGUAUGAUGUGAAGAAUGGCAUCCGCUCUAUACGAAUCAGUCCUGAUGGCCUACAUUUGGCUGCUGGGGACAAACUUGGGAAUCUCAGGGUAUAUGAUACUGAAUACAUGGAUAUGAUUCGAGAUAUUGAGGCUCACGAAGCUGAUGUGUUGUGCCUAGAAUAUUCUUACUCAAAACAAGGACCCAAACUUCUGGCGUCAGCUAGCCGAGAUCGUCUGAUUCAUGUGUUCGAUGUGGAACAGAAGUAUGGCCUUCUGCAGACGCUGGACGAUCACUCGGCAUCCAUUCAGGCUGUGCGCUUCACAGACCACGACAACCAGCUGAAGAUGCUGAGUUGUGGAGCAGACAAGUCUCUGCUGUUUCGUAAUGCAAUACAGAGUCCAGAAUUCCAGUUCAGUCUUGACCAGCACCUGGUCAGCAAGGCCACUUUGUAUGACAUGGUCACCGACCCCACACAGAAGUUCGUGGCCACGGCCUGUCAGGACAGAAAUGUCAGAAUCUACAAUAUACGCACAGCCAAACAGAAGAAGAAUUACAAGGCCUCGCUAACAGACGAUGGUGUGCUGCUACGGAUUCAGCUGGAUCCGUCAGGAUGCUACGCGGCUACCAGCUGCACGGACAAGAACAUUUGUAUCGUGGACUUCUACAGCGGUGAGCUGGUGGCCACCAUGUACGGACAUUCCGAGAUCAUUACUGGACUCAAGUUUAUGAAUGAUCUCAAACACAUGAUCUCAGUGUCAGCCGAUGGCUGUAUAUUCGUGUGGCGUCUGCCGUCUGAGAUGACGAAGCAGAUGAAGAACAGAAUGGAGGAACUAGGCAAGAUGCCCAAGGACCUGCAGUUUGUCAGUGAUAUCAGGAGAGAGACGGCCAUCAUUUCCAAGCCAAGUUUGCAUGACGGUAUGGACAACUUCCCGGUGAUGCACGAGCGUCACCAGUUCCAGCCAGCCCACAAUGUGCUGGACAUGUUGGAGAAAGAGUCCCACGAAGCACCCGCGGAGGAGAGCAGUGCGGACUACCGCUUCAGUGUCGGGCCUCUGCCCAACUGGGCAAAAGCCAAGAUGGGAGGCAGCACUGGUGACAGCAAGGACCGCAGUCUGGAGUCGGCGAAGCAGCCCAAGGGCAAAUGGGCUGAGAGGGCUGAUACAGGGUUCGCAGUGAAAACACAAAGUGAAAUGAGCUUGAUCAACACAGAGCCAGAGCGUCGCCGCUUCACCCAUGAAGGAGAGGCAUUGCAGAGCCAGUUUGCUGGUUUACGGAGGGAAACCAUGGUGAUCAGCAAGGACCCCAUGACACAGGGUAUCUCCUUCAUUAAUGAUGAUGAUGAGACUAAUAUUGAUGAUGAUGAAGAAUUCUGCCCAGCGUUUUUCUCCACGCACAAUAAGUCUCAGUGGGAUCUGCCCGAUAGCCGCCCGUCAUCGCGGAAUUCCGACCCUGGAGGACCCAACACCAGCAGCAGCAAGUGGGGCAACAGAUUCAGCCUCAACCUCGAACGCAGCCUCAGCUUCGACCUUGACGACACAGAUGACCAUGAUACUGGUUCUGAGACACCUGAGGUCAUCUACUACCCACCAAGCGAGGUCGACUCAUCUGACACCUACCCAGACACCUACCAAGUGUUCAACAGUGACCUGCCCCUCAAUCGACAGAAGCACCUCUCCAAGAGGUUCGGCAUGCUGGAGACUAACAUCGACGAAGCCGACUCUGAGAGCACCGAUCCCAUCUCCCUGGAUGAUGAUGAAAAUGAUGAGACGCUGAUGAUGUCCAAUCCCAGCACCCCAUCAGAUCCAGACCGGGAAUUCCUGGCCCGGACCCCAGACAAGGAGAAAUUUGUCCAUGAAAAUUUUGAAACAAUCAACUUCACGCCGGUGGCGACAGACAAGUUCACCAAGGCCCUGGACUCCCUGGAGCAGGACCUGAACAAGGACGGACCGCACCCAUUCAGCCCCCGCCUCAGCAUCUCCUCCCGGUUCCUCUCCAGGGCCCACCAGUCCAACAUCAAGAACAUGUCCGUGUAUAGCAGUAUCCAGCGACAGGACAACUGGUUCGAUCCCCUCCAAAAGAGUAAAACGGAAAUGGCACGGGCUGUAGAUGACACCCGAAAACGCCUCCAUGCUAUGGGAUGGAAUUCUAACAGUGGAGAAUCCCCAGAGAAAGAGCCUGCAUCUCCCCCAUCACCUCCAACCAAGCUGGAGAGUACAAAGCCUUACUUCCCAAUGAACGAAGAUUCCAAACUGUCCAUUCCAAAACUACCACCAAGCCCCUGUGGUUCGCCAUCCCCCAAAACUCUGCGACGCUUUUGGUACACUCUUGAUUUGCCUAAGCAGCCAAUCAUGGAAGAGCCAAUGCCGCUGCCAAAAAUUCCAUUACCCCCCAAAAUGCAGAUUAGGUUGGCAACCAUUCCAAUUCCUGAACAAAAUGGCUGCUCACGAUUGCCGAGUUUGAUAACUCACAGCCCCAAACAAGUUAGAAAGAGUCGUCUUUCGCCGCUAUCCAAGAGGGCUGGCAGCCCCUGGGAGAACCAAGGAGGGGGUUCACCUGUUAACGACAUUCCAAAGACUCAGUCUCCCACCAAGCUGUCCUCUCGGCUUGGCAGCCUCAGUCCCAAACCAAAGGACACUGGAAAGAGAUCCCUCUCUCUCCGGUCCAGUUCAACCGGUAGACUCACCGACCUUGACACCAAGACCAAUAAAUCAUCGUCUAAAACUGCAUCCUAUCUCCGACCAACCCGCAGUUCCAAGGCUAAAAUCGCCCGAGCAUCCUCAUCCUCAUCCCUGCCUUCGUCUGAUGAUGGCUCCCAAUCCAGCAGCAGCACAAGCUCCAUGACCAAAGCAACUUCUAUGCUGAACCUUAGCCAGACCCGAGAUCCCCCUACCUCACCCAAGAAGAAGAAUUCUCGAAGUGAUCGUACCUUGUCCAAGACUGCCUUCUAUGCCUCCACACCCAAUUUGGCUGUGUGUAUGGAAGAGGAGGAGGAAGAAGAGCUGCCAGAGUCAUUGUCCAAUCUUAAAGGUCUUGCUGACCUGUCCAGGAGUGUUCCGGACAUUAACGAUAUGGAUGGAUUUAGUUCGUCUACAGAGAGCACGACAAGUGGUGGGGAGAAGCCUAGUUCUAAGGGUGCUUUGUCUGGAGUAAGGAGACUCAAAGACUCCUUAUCUCGGAAAGUUGCAAGUGAUACAAAUCGGCUGAACAGGCGUUCAAUGCCCGUGGGUGUGGACUAUCUGCAUGCAGAGCAGAAGUCCCCAGGCAGUAAUCGGAGGUCCGUUUCUCCUUUCAGUGAGAAAAACACUAUGCCUCCUCCUCCAUCCACCUCUGUAAGCAGAUCAAAACAUGAUGCAUUCCUGAAGCGAGCUCAGGCUAAGAGGCGCACAACAGCAGACAUGACACUAGAUCGUGCAAAAGACAUCCUGUUGGGCAAGUCUGGAAUUCUUAAGACAAGUAUGGAAAGUGUGAACUCUGAUGCUCCUGGUAGCAGGAAGACGAGUCUCUCUGGUGGACAAUCACAGUCUCAUUCUCGGUCUUCCUCUGCAUCAUCUAAUGUGUUCGAGUCGGAGUAUGGUUUCACGUCUGCUUCAACACUUGCUACUGUAGAAGAUAUUGAAAACACUGCUGAGGAGAUUCGCCGACAGAGAGCUAACGAUGCCAGUCCACAUGAUCUGCCCGAACGGGAUGAGAACACAUCUCUACCUAGUAGAACCAAAUCACCAAUGUCAUCUUCAUCUCGAAGGUCAUCCAAUGCAGAUGGCUCCAGAGUCUCACCUCGUGUGUUCUCCUCCGACAAGAAAAAGUCUCAGUCGGUUGAGAAUCUAAAUGAUAGUGUCUCUAAUUCUCCUAAGGAACAAGAUAAUGUGUUGCCCAGUGUGAGGGCGAGGGUGGCCCAGUACAUGUCUCUAAACAAGUCCACUGAGGACCUAGGUUCCAGUCCCAGACCAAAGGUUUCGCUGAGUGUAAAUGUGAAUACAGUCUCCUCCCAGUCUCCAGCUGCAUCUCCAGUUCCCAUGGGCAGACGUCUGUCGGCAGAUCUGAAGGUCAGUCCACGCAGUCAGUCAGACACAGGGCUGGGAUCAGACACGGACACCGACUCAGAGAUCAAACGUCCUGAUAAAUCCACGUCCCAUCCCAGGCUGUCUCUUGUCAAUGGAGAUCCGAGCAUCACCCAUAGUGUGUCACUGACUACACCUGUGUCAUCCCCUCACGAUCAUGGAACCUCGCCGACUGUGGCCGAUCGUACUGGACUGUCUCUGUCACUCACUGUCAAGACAGAUGAUGGCAGUGAGUUGGUGAUGCCCUUGAUUGUGGACUUGAAGGAAAUCCUGCAGACGGCCAAGCAAGUGUAUGAGAAGUGUAAGACAAUGGAAGGAAGCCCCUCGAUGUCCGUGCUUCAUGAUAUCUACCAGGAGGCUGCGGAAACAUUCACCGAGCUCUGCGAGAAAAGCAAAUCUAGCCAAUCAAAAGACAAGGAGAAAAAAGAAUUAUCGGAGAGGGAUAAAAUGAUUGUGAACAGUGUUGUUGAUAAAUUACAGCCUUCUGUGGAUGAGUUGUCACACCGGAUGAGUAGACAAAUAUUUCAUGAAGUAAUUGGGAGUGUGGUUGCUGAGGCGCAACAGAAAUGAAGAUGGCCAUGCCUUAGUGAAUGUGUAUCUGUGGAUGUGUGCUUCUGUGAUGACGCCAGGCGUAGACGUCAGAUCUCGUUGGGAUGCAAUGUUUUUUUGUUUGAGGGUGCUCUAAAUACAAGUGCUUAUGAGAAUGGAUUUUUUUUUUUUGUUGAGAAGAGUGGACCAUGUUUGACCAUCAGAGAAAAUCUGCAAGAGGUGAUGAAUUUGAAAACAAAAUUAUAUGUCUUGUAAAUGGAACUUUUAAAGAAAAAACAAGGACACCUUCCCAACACUUCCACGUGUAGAUCAGGUCGCAAUGGUCGCCCCAAGUUUGACAAGGAACAGAUUGUUUCGGGAAAGUGGUCCCCAGUUCGGUACAACAGUGGAAAUAUAUACUUAAGGGAAAUUGGGGAAAUAUGUUUACAUCAUCUAAAUAUUUCAUAUUUCACCAGUUUUGUAAGAGUAAAUUUUGAUUUAUUUAUUUUACCAUGACCAUUGCUUUUGAAGAAUUAUUACAAAUUGACACAUACCAUAUUCGCUGUAAUAAGCUCGCCCUGAUCAAUUUCUAGACCAAUCUGUAACUGUAAGUUAUCUGUAUAAGGGCCCCUAAUCAGGCAGAAAAUUUACAUGACAGUUCAUAUUUUCUUGUGUAUUUUACAGCUUUUUGAAAACACAGCAGUGCAGACUGGGUAUUUCAUUGUUAAGGAACUAUCAUCAAAUUUUAGUUUUAUUAAGUUUGAACUAAGUUUCUUCACAACUACUUGAUCUCGGAAAACAAAUGUAACUUUUGUAUGUCUUUUAAAAGUGUCCCCAUUGUCAAUUUUCUGAGCUCCCAAAGGCUUGUUACAGCGAAUAAGGUUACCGUAUAUCAUGUAUUGAUUUGUGCUGAGCCUCAGGUAAUAGAAUUACAAUACCAUACAGGACCAAUACAUUUCCACUAGUAUACACCAGGGAAUUACACCAAUAAACAGACCUCUGUAUUUUAUUUACAGAAAUUAUUAUAAUCAGUUCACUUCACUUCCAUGGCCGUUGUAUUGGUAUAUUUGAGCACAACCAGACAUGCCAUACCUAUGCUGUGCCCAAAUGCAUGGAACCAAUGCUCCACUGAUUUUCACGCGUCUUUAUGAAUGUUUGUGUGAUUGUGAGCCUUGAAUCGCGUUGUGCAAUGAAUAAACGUUGUGUAUAUACAUAGGAAAGUGCUUGCACUGCUGAUGGGCAGCUCUAGUGUUGAGAUACUGCUGAAUUCAUAUGUGGGAAAAAAGAAAUCUCAGUGCAUUUAUGGGAUUAUAUUGUGACAUGUUGUGAUUCAUCGAGCAUUUUGAGGAAGCAUUCUUCUGGAGAGAAUCAUGGUGUCAAAUGUGCUUAAAUUGACAGUGAUUAUCAACCUGUCCCCACAGGCUUUGAUUUACUUAUCCACCUUUGGAUUUCAUGGAUCUUGAAUCAAAACGUGACAAAUGUGGACAAAGGGCAGAUAACUCUUGACUACAUGAUAGACCAACAGAUCACGACUUCAUGUUGUUCAUAGGAUGUAUCUAUGGAAACCACACAUAAUAUAUUGUGCAGGACUAAAACACAUAUCAAACAAUAUGUCAAGGAUAUUGACAGUGAAAUGGAGAAUUUCAUGCAAUCAUAAAAGGAUUUCUGUGAAUACUAAGGACCUGUUGUACAUAUUUCUGCUCUUGGUUAUUCUUGCUUCACACAAGUGUACAUACUUGUAAGAUUAAUCAUCGUUUCACAAGGAUUGUGUUCAGACUUGGUUGUGGCAAAGCUAUACACUAAUUUUGGUUGUUACUUCAGCACAAACUAUUUGCAUAUUUACAGCAGCUUAUUCGUCCUGUAUUGAUGCUUUUAUGGGAGCAGAAAAUAUUUGCUUUAAUCGUACAAAUAUUUUACAGAUAUUAUUCUUUUGUAUUCCCUUUAAGAUUAAGAUUUUGUUCAUAAGGACAUGACAGGUGACACUUGACGUUAUGCGACUGAAAUUAUGGCUAGUAUUGACUGGAAUCUAUUUAACAGACUGAUGUAAAAGACAAUAACUUUAAACAAUAAUAAUAUCAAUAGGAGGCCAGAUUUGAUUUGUGGAUGAAUUUGCCCUAAAAUUUGAGAAUAUAUUUCCAAAACCACCUGAGCCAAACACAGAGUUGAGUAAAAUAUGCAUAUUUAAAUUAGAAAAUUGAUCAGGCCUUUUAAAACAUAUUUAAGACAAGUUUUUUGCUUGUACAAAGGGGUUUAGUUCACAACAAUUCCCUAUGCAGAGUCGCAGCCCUUAACAGUGCCAGGAUCUGCUGAUCAUGGGUUCGAAUCCAAGUUUCGACCUGGGUAUUAUCCUCAGUCUGGCAGAGCCAUGGACAUAUUUGUUAGUUUAAGUGGUAAGCCUCUCUGGCCAACGUCUCUUUGCUCUGUCCUCCUAAAGUGUACAGACAUACUACGAGAUUACUGAAAUGAUGAAGCCGCAGAAAACCAACUCAUUCACUCUUAGCCUGCAGUUGUGAAUAAAACUGUGAAACAAUAAAUAAGGUUUAAAUCUAAAAGAACAGAAUUUUCAUUUUUGUAAAUUUCAACCACUCAAUGGGGCAUGGGUGGCCCAGUCGUCUAAGACGCCGCGAUUCGCUGUGCAGAGUUGCGUCCCUUGGGCACGCCAGAAACCUAUGAUUGU